AUAAUCGAACAAAAGAAAAAAAUACCAAAUCAAUCUUGUUCUGAUGGUGUCAAGAAAGAGGUUCACAGUAGGAUCUUCAACCACUGUCUCGUUAGUUUGUUUGGGUGCUGGGGACUCAGCAGCGGUGUAGCACAUCGGUAGUGAAGUUUUUUUUCAGGCCUUGUGCCUCGCAGGCUGUGUGUGGAACUGGCAGAAAAAUCUAGUCUCAUUCGCCCCCGUAGGAAUUAUGUGUCACAAAAAGACUGAAUAGCUAUUCGGUCCUUUUAGCACUGUCUACAUUCUAGACGAUGCAUGGAUAUUUUACCUGAAUUUGCUGUGCAGUUGGUGUCAUGGGUGUCUUCUGGAGCGAUGAUAUUUGGCGGCAUCGUGCCGUACAUUCCGCAAUAUCUGGACAUCCAGCGAAAGAAGAGCACAGAAGGCUUUUCCACCCACGUCUGUCUAGUUUUGCUGAUAGCUAAUAUCUUGAGAAUCUUAUUUUGGUUUGGACAUCCGUUCGAAUGGCCUCUUCUAAUGCAAAGCAUCUUGCUAGUAGGGGCAAUGCUGCUGUUGCUUCGUGUAUGCACGCUCUAUCCGGCUGAUCAUGACCUAGCUACCCAGCCAAGGCAUUUCGUGGAUUUUGAAUGGUCGCACUUCUGGCGCUGGAGUCACUACCGCGAUUACCUGCAGUUUCUGGCCUCAUUCACGGUCACUAUGAUCAUGUUGACAGCAUUGCUGAUGCCAAUAACAACCUAUAUUGAGUUUCUUGGCUUCUGUGCGCUGAUCACUGAGGCUAUGCUUGGAGCACCGCAAUUCUAUCACAACUUCGUCAAGAAGUCCACAGCUGGCAUGAGCAUAAAGAUGGUGUGCUGUUGGUUGUCUGGUGACAUCUUCAAGACAGUCUACUUCCUCGUCAAGAACACACCGCCGCAGUUCUAUAUCUGCGGCUCCAUUCAGGUGAUGAUCGACAUAUCCAUCCUGUCGCAGGUCUUCAUCUACACGUCAUCGCAGAUGCUGCCGAAAAUGCCGUGAGUGAAUCGAAUAUGCCACCUUGCCCCGGGUCGCCUAUGCUCAUGGACGAAUCAUCAUAAUAUUGAGUCUUGACUGGUCACACACACACUUCACUUCCUGACCGUCCACUGGCGUGUUCCCUCCAUUGAGCUCUGGUCGAAUGUGAACUACUGAUGCCCACUUGAAACUCUUCUCUUUGCAGUGUGGCAGUAACUGUUAUUGUCUGCACAGUCUCCAUCACCUGUCACUAUUAUUCAAGAUCCUUCUUGAUUUGUUCUUGUCUCUCUACUCGUUGUCGUUCCUCCGUCUCUUCUUGCUUGGGCACAGGGGGGCUGUCUGGACAUGGAUGUAUCACGCUUGCUUGAGCUCAUUCUGCUCUUACAUAAUAAUUAUUUGAGCCUUAUCUAUAUCCCAUCAACUAGGAUUAUGUGAAAACUGAAAAAUUCGCCUUUUUAAUAGCAAGAUGUCGUGUUUGCUUAGCAUCGCCAA